CUCAAGAGAAAUGGAUCUGGUGGAGGUGCUCGUUAUGACCCUUUCCCUAAUGGCAGUCAGAAAAGUCCAGCCCAAGCCAAAUGAACAUUCUGCUCUCAGAAAUACCAGCAGCAGCAUAACUGCAGAACCAGAAACUCAGAAAUUACGUUUGAUGGAUGGAGGAAGCAACUGUUCAGGCAGGGUCGAGUUGGAAGUCAUGGAUACCUGGGGCACUGUAUGUGAUGACGACUGGGACCUGGCUGAUGCUGAAGUUGUGUGUCAGCAACUUGGUUGUGGUUCAGCCAUUAAGGCUCUCAAUGGCUCUCAUUUCCAAAAGGGAACAGGCCCCAUCCAUUUGGAUGAAGUGAAAUGCUUGGGGAAUGAAUUGUAUCUAUGGGAUUGUCUGUCUGAGAGGAACCAUGAUUGUGGACACAAAGAAGAUGCUGGUGUGAUUUGUUUAGAGCACCAAGAGUGGCGACUGUCAGGAGGACUAGAUGCUUGUGCUGGCCGAGUGGAGGUCUAUUACCAUGGCAUCUGGAAUACCGUCUGUGAUGGUAGCUGGUACCAGAAUGAGGCUGAUGUGCUCUGCCACUCCUUGAACUGUGGUGACAAAGCCCUAGAACCAAGAGUGCCUUUCAAGCAUACCCUGCGGGGAAAGAUGUACUAUCAGUGUUCUGGGAAUGAAGACUCACUUGCCAGUUGUGAUUGGCGCUACAACAAAGCCACCCUGUGUGAUCGUUUCAGAGCUGCUGGAGUGAUAUGCAAUGGCUCACUGGGCUUGCAGCUGCCUACAAAUGCAACAGAAAUAGCAACGGUGACAUCAGUCUCCCAUCUACCCAGUCUCUAUUCGACAGUUCCCGGAGACGUGAAAGCAACAUCACCAGAUCAGAACCUGCAGAUCGCCUGCAUCGUUCUGGGUUUUCUCCUUUUUCUGACCAUUGUGAUUGUUGUUAUCCUUUUGCUGAACAGACAAAAGAAAAAUGUAUCUGUCCCCACCCUGAUGAAUCACACUGUGCAGAGGUUAACCACUGGAGGGAAUGUCUCCCCAAGCCUCCCCAAAACAGAAGAUGUGACCCCUUCACCAGCUCAUGAAGACUCUGACUCUGAUUAUGAGGCCUACGAUUUCAACACAAAGCCACCUGUGCCUCUCUCUACUUUCUACAAUUCUCUUCGCUAUCAAGCAACUCGUGAGGAGCUUUCACCCCACAAUUUCACUCCACUGACAAUGCACCAGGAUGAUGAGACCAAGCAUCCAGAGGAUUAUCCACAACAGGGACCGGCAGCUGAAGACAGUGACAGCACCUCUUCUGGAGAUGCAGACUGGUAUGAGAAUAUCCAGAAACCACAGCAACAAAUAGAGCAACCAGGAGAUGAACCUUCCUUUGCAGGCUUGACAACUUUUGCCAGACCUUCGUCAAACUGCUUGACUGGUUCUGGAAAUGAUUCAUUUGACAGCAGUGACUAUGAUAACAUGUGACCCUAAGGACCUGGGCCGUUGAAGGGAGACAGCUCCAUGCCUAGUCUCUCCUUCAAAAACGGCCAAGGCUGGCAACAAUGACCUGAGAACUGAGAGAGACAACUUUCCACAGUUUCAGCCUUGAGGACUCAGCAUUGAAAAAGACCAGAGGAUCUCAGAA